UAUAUGAUGGAUUCUCACACAAACUUCUAUCAAAGGCAUUGGAUUUACUGUCCAGCUCGACGAGAUCAAACCCAUUUCGUCAUUGAGACGUGUGUCACGUGAAAAUGCUAGCUUGCAUCCUUCCUCGGUUUAGCUUCCGUAUCAUCGAACUGCAUCUCUCCAAUGGUUGGGGGAAACCUAUCCUAUCCUCAUAUAUUUCCAAGGUGCAAACUCAGCUCUCUCGUCUGAAGUUUACUUCUGCUGAGACAAUAAUGGCUCUUCAAUUCUCGUUAGCUCAGGCUUCUCUCGCAGUAGCCGUACUAGGUUCAACUUACGGAACCUACCUGGCUCUAUCUCCGCCCAAUCCCAGCGAACAUGCAACACCAUCAACAGGCGACUCAGUUCGAUGGUUAUUCUUGACCAGCAAACACACCACAAAAGCCGUCCUGGCCCCUCUUGGGCUUCUAUCGUUGCACACUGCUAGCCUGGCUUUGCGCUACCCCAAUUCCCCGCCAUCUCUUGUUCAUCAUGGAAUUGAAAACGGGCUCAAUCCGGACCUGAUUACAUGGUCUGCUGCAACUACUAUUCCUUUAGCUCUGAUUCUCUGCGCUGGUGUUCCUUUACGUUUGGUGCCGUAUGCAUCACUGGGCAAAAACUUCACAUUUGCUCUGAAAGAGCCAGAUCGAUUGAAAACUACCGGUAUUUAUCAAUAUCUCCAACACCCAAGUUAUACUGGCCUUGCUAUUCUCAUGAUAUUCAACGUGGCGUUGCUUGGUAGACUGGAUGGUGCUCUAAGCUGCUGGAUUCCGCCGAAUGCAUAUGAAACCUUCUGUUCUUGGGCAGUAAAAUUGCUUCCUUUCACUAUAUCAGGUAUCAUGUUUGGAAUCUGGACCAGAGUCUCUGAAGAGGAGGAGAUGCUCAAGAAGGUUUUUGGGAAGGAAUGGGAGAGUUGGCAUGCAAGAACAGCUCGCUUCAUUCCUUUUAUUCUUUAGUUGAUUUAUGUCUUUCAUGAACUCGAGUGUCAAUAGAAACCGACUUGGUUUCAUACCAGCAUUGACCGCAAGACGAGCAAGUAAUCGUUUGGCGCUAUCAUAAGAGGAUCGAGAAGAUCCGUGUCGAAGCACCAUACUGAUGCAUAAAGUGAAGAGACAAUCUUACAAACGUAGUGCAUUUUACUGCAAAUCAUGGGACAUCGAAUCAAUCCAAAGCCCGGAAAAUAAACAAUCGAAUAAACCGCAAU